AUGACACCUCAUACCACUACGGUCACGUAUGUUUCUUCGACCUCGACAGCUACGGAGAGUACCGCCACGGGCACCACCGUCACGGAGACUGUCAGCAUGUCACCUCACACCACCACCAUCACAGAGACAACAUCGCACACCACAAAGACACGGACCACUUAUACUUACACUUAUUACACCACCACGGGAUGGGUGAGUUUGGCCAGCGUCGAGGACGGCGGCGAUGAGCUCUUGAUUUAUUUGUUAGGUGGUUUUGGCGUUGCCGCGACGAUAAUGCUUGGAGGAUUGUUGUGGUGGUGCUGGUGGUCUGGCCUGGCCCGCGACCUGUUCGAGUCAUUGUCGGAUACGUUUCGCAGGCCACUCGCUGAGUUGCCCGCCCCAAGAAUCGUCAAGACACCUUUUCGGCGACCUGAAAGUUGGUCCCAGUUCUCGAGGAGAAGUUCAGCUGCUUCCUACGGGUCCCCUGCUCACGGCUCUGUCG